UAUCUCGUGAAACGCACUAUAUUUUUUUUCUUGAAACUGGCAUAAAGUUAAAACUAUUGCUAUUAUUAACUAAAUAUUAUUAAAAAACGCACUAUACUGACUAUCACUACUCUUAUUCAAAAAUAUUUAAAAUAUGUGUAUUUUAAUUUUUAUGCAUAUUCUGUAUUCAUAAAUCUACUCUAUUCCUUCUGUGACUGUGUUUCUACUUUUUAGCACCAGGUCAUAAAAUCCCAAAAAAAAAUAAGUGUUUAGCUUUAUUUAUUCCUUACAAAGAUUACGGAAUUGUUUUUUAAGACAUUGUAUUCUUAUUUAAAAUGUUAAGGUUAUUAAGGCCGUCAUGUGUUCAUCCCACACAAUUACUUCGUAGGUUUUACGCUAAAAUUGUGAUGACUGACGAUGGAUCAACAAUAGUAGCAUUACACAAGGAUCAAGAGUUUCCGUAUGAAUUUUCCAAACCCUUACCAGAAGAAAGUACUGAAGAUAAGUCGAAGUCGGUUCUUCGGAUGUCUGAUCAUUCCGAGGUUAAGCGGGUUUUUAAAGAAAUGAAACCAGAAUUUGCAAGGCAGCAAUUAUCCUCGCUAACUCUGACAACUCAACAUCGUUGGUUCCCUAGAUCUAGAGACAAGAAAGCAAAGAAGACAGAAAUGAAUCGACCCUAUUUAUAAGUAUACAGCUCUUUUAUAUAGUAUGUAUUAAUUUAGUAAUAAAUAUGGUGUAAGUAGGAUAUAGAAUUGCAAACAAUUUCUGUUGAUUAGUAAAUGUUUUGAUUACAAA